AUGGAAAAGCUCGGCGUAGUGCAGCUGGAAGGAGCGAGGAAUUGGAGUGUCUGGCGAUUCCAGAUGACCGUGAUUUUGCGGGAUCAAGGAUUGUACAAAAUUGUCUCGAGUCCUAAUGUCAAACAUGGCGGUGCGGCGGAAACUACAAAGACCGGUCAGGCGUCGGCGGAGCCCGAGCAGGCGUCGGUAGAGAAGGACAUAAAGGCGAUGAGUGCAAUUGUGACAAGAUUGGCGGAACCAGUUCUACAUCACGUAAUUACUUGUCAAACAGCGCACGAAGUGUGGAGUCGGCUACACAGUAUUUAUGAAAAAAGUGGAGAAACUUCACUGAUGCUACAACAACAACGAUUCUUUGCCCUAAAAUUUGAAGAUGACAUGAGUGUCGCGGACUUCAUCUCCAAAGUGCAGGAGCAGCAGCAGACCUUGAAACGACUAGGAGAAGCGGUAACCGACAGGAUGGUUAUGUCGAAGAUCAUCAUGUCACUUCCACUGAAGUAUGCUCACUUUGUUAGUGCUUGGGAAUCGUGUGCAGAAGAAAAACAGACUAUGGACAACUUAACGGCACGGCUCUUGGUAGAAGAAGAACGGCUUAAUAAUAAGUGUAGUAGUAAGGCAGAAGAAAGUGUAGCAUUGUUUUCUAAAGGUCAAAAAGGUACAAAUAAAGGUCAUUUUAAGGAUAAAUGUAAAGCUAGUAAAAAUGAUAAGAAAGAUAAAGAAAAUAGUGACACAGGUAAUAAGAAAACUGAAAGUGCUUUUGUAUCUACAGUGCUAGUUAGUGCAAGUGAUCGAUCAAUAGAUGAAAAAUGGCGAUGGACGAAAGCUAAAUGCUUAGGUAUAGGAAAAGUAAAAAUAAUGGCAUUUGAUGGUGAAGAAUAUGUCUGUUGCUCAAUAAACAAUGUUUUGCAUGUUCCUAAAUUAAAAAUUAAUCUAUUUUCUGUAGGUAGUGUGGUAUGCAAUGGUUUUCAUGUUAGUAUGACAAAUGACAAGUGUGUAUUUUCAAAGAAUAAUAGAGUGUGUGCUAUUGCUAAUAAGGAAUCAUGUUCUAAGCUGUAUGUAAUGGAUUUUAAGUCAGAGUCUUUGCAGGCUAAUGUAGCUAAAGUUGAGUUAAGCGAGUGGCAUGAGAGGAUCUAUUUUCCAGAGAAAAAUGCAGUGGAAAUAGUGAGAGAUGUUACGUUUGUGAAGAAACAUGAUAAACCUGAAAGAGAAGAGCAGGAAGAAAAGUGUAUAUAUUUAGAUAUAGAAGAAAACCUGAACAAUGAAGAAUACCAGUCUGAGUCGGAUACUGAAGGAAGUGUAGAAUUCGAGGAUUGUCAGGUCAAUGACAAUAUGAUGCAAGAAGUGGAAUUUCUAGAAGAGGAAAUUUUAGAGCAUGAAGAAAUUCAAGAAGUAAAUGAAAGUAUGCCAGUAAAUUUAGAAAAUACUAGAAGAACACGCUCUAGAAAAGCACCUAACUGGUUUCAUGACUAUGAAGUUGGUUUUAUAAGCGUGCAUAAUGAACCUAGUACUUUAAAAGAAGCCAUGGAAUGCGAAGACAAAGAAAAUUGGAUAGAAGCUAUGAACAGAGAAAUAACUACAUUGAAAGAAAACAAUACAUGGACUGAAGUAGCGAUGCUGCCCAAGGGGAUAAAGGCAAUAAACAUACGCGUCUUCGGCAAACCAGAUGCUAUAGUAGUGGUUGACUCUAAACUUACAAAGAUAGAUAAGUUUAGACAUUUAAUAAAAGAUAAAUUCAAUGUAGAACCAAAAUUGCAACGGUUGUUCUACGGGGGAAAAUUGUUAGAAAAUGGUUAUACAUUUCACGAUUACAAUAUCAAGCUUAAUGAUGUUAUACAACUAAUGGUAAAAGUACAGCCUGUAGAAAGUCAUGAUGAAGAAAAGACACAUAAGAAACAAGAAGCUCAAGAAAAAAUUGUAAAUGAUAUAAAAGAAAAACAACAAGUUUAUAAAGAUACUGAAAGCACAUUAUAUAAGAUAGGUGAUCUCGUGGAUAUAAAAGAUCGUGAGCAUGGUGCAUGGUUUGAAGCUAAAAUAUUAAGAAUUGUUCUCGACCCUAAUAUUAUUUAUGAGGAAAAUACUGACACUAGCUUAGAUACAAGUUAUAUAAAUGACAAACAGAGUGAUGUAGAAAAUAAACCACCAAGCGAUACUUCUGAAGAUGAAGGUAAAAGUAAGAAAAAGGGUAUUGCUAAGUAUUUUUCAAAACAGCCCAAAGGAAAAAGACAUAAGGAUAAAACUGAGGCUGUAAAGAUUACUGAUGAGAAUAUUUUGUAUAAAGUGCAAUUGGAUGCUGAGAUAACAGCUGAAAAGAGAUAUGAGUGUACAACUAACAUUCCUUUCAGUGAAGAAGAUUCGGAUUUGUACUGCAAAUUAAAAGAAAUAAGACCUAGAGCUAGGAAAGUGUUGGAUAUCAAAGAUUUAAAACCUGGACAAACUUAUAUGAUUAAUCACAACACUGAUGAUCCUUUAGAGAAAGGAUAUUGGUAUGAUUUAAAACUUGAUGAGGUGAAGAAAUUGAGGAUAAAUUAUGAAUUAAUUGGCACAUUAUACCUUGGAUCUGAUUCAAUACCUCAAAAUGAUACAAAAGUUCGUGUCCAUGAUAAAAUAUUUUCUAUAGAGAAACCAGUCCCUCUAGCAGAGAGGACUGAAGAGUAUAAUAAAAUAAUCGCCCAGGAACCUGAAAAACGUUCGCAACCUCUAAACUGUUUGAAAUGUCGCGACGAUGAGGAUGCUCCCUGUAAAGAGUGUGGCUGUUAUUUAUGUUCUGGAAAGGAGACUCCAGAAAAAAUAGUGUUAUGCGACGAAUGUAACAAUGGUUUUCAUAUGAAAUGUUUGACUCCUCCACUAACGGAGUUGCCCGAGGAGGAUUGGUAUUGUCCGUCGUGUAAACGAGACCCCAAUGACGUCAUCGCGCCGGGCGCCGCCAAACAAACGAAGAAGACCAAUGCAUCCAAAACUAACAGGGAUUGGGGCAGGGGCAUGGCAUGUGUCGGUAAAACCAAGACAUGUGCAAUGCCCGCGAACCAUUUUGGGCCCAUUCCUGGCAUAGAAGUGGGAAUGUGUUGGCGUUUCAGAAUACAGCUUUCAGAAUCUGGAGUGCAUAGACCGCCCGUAUCUGGUAUACAUGGACGUGACGUUGAAGGAGCUUAUAGCAUUGUUUUGUCUGGUGGCUACGAAGACGACGUGGACUACGGCAACGAGUUCACUUACACCGGCAGCGGCGGGCGAGACCUCUCCGGCAAUAAGCGCACCGCGGAACAGUCGUGCGACCAAACACUUACCAGGGAAAACAAAGCACUAGCCCGCAACUGCGCAGUUAAGGAAGUGAAUGAGAAAGGUGCAGAUGCAGGUGAAGCAUGGAAACAAGGGAAGCCAGUGAGAGUCGUUCGCUCAUACAAAAUGUUAAAGCAUUUCCCCAAAUAUGCACCUAAGGAAGGGAUACGG